AUGCGGUUUCUAUGUCUACCGGGUGCAUUUGGCAGCAUUGAGAAGUUCAAAGUGCAGCUUGCACCUUUAGUCAAAGAACUCGAAUCGGACAGAUCAGCCACCUUUCAUUUUAUUCAGGGUCCAUACGAAGUUGCUCCUCCUCCAGGAUACGAAGACUUUUUUGGAGGGCCCCCAUAUUAUCGUUUUAUUGUACCAUCCGAGGGGAGUGAGGAUACGACCGAUGUGAUUGAACGUAUCCGCGACUUUCCUCAGCUUGAGACGCCAGAGAUGACGAUGCGCGAAUUGAUGACUUACGGAGUGGCAAAGACGGACGACAGUGCCCGACAGACGUUGGAUUAUCUUUAUGAUGUAAUGGAGAAGCAGGGGCCCUUUGAUGGUAUUAUCGGUUACAGUGAAGGAGCAACAAUUGCUGGAACAAUGUUACUUCACGAACAGCUAAGAGAGAAGAGUGAGGGUCGACAGCCAAUGUUCAAGUGCGCACUCUUCUUCGGCGGCUGGCCGCCUAUGACGCCAACUUUGGAUGGCAUUGUUCUAUCGGAUGAGAGCGAUCUAGUGGUGGAUGUUCCGACAUGCCAUAUCAUAGGUUCGUUGGAUCCCUAUCUCCACGGUAACAUUGCGCUUUAUAAUGUUUGCGAUCCGGAAAGGGCUUCCAUAUUCGAUCACGCCAAAGGCCAUACACUACCUCGCGAUAGACAUAUGGUGAAAGAGCUUGGAGAUACUGUUCGUAGGAUGAUGAACGAAGUAAAUGGUUGCGAUUCUCCGUACUAG